ACAUCCUCUUUGGUAAAGCCAAUUGAAAAAAAAUCCUGAAAAAAUCUUUUCAAAAUCUAGAAAAACUAGAAAAUGAAAAAAUAUUGUUUCGAUUUUACAUGUGAAAAGAAUUUAUAAUCGUGUAUGUAUGUGAAAAGUAAUGGUUAUUUGAGCUCGCUACGUUACAUUAUAAAAUCAUAACAAUAAGAGUAGGCAGCUGGCAACAGUUUCAAUAGUAAUGUGAAGACAAUGUUUGGCUACAGCAAAGAAGCAGUUCGAGUGAAAGUCAAGAAAUGUGAAGGAAAACUGCAACCCGAAUUGCGAAAAUUUUCAGUGGACCCUCAGAUAACUUCCCUGGAGGUGUUACAGAGCAUUUUAGUCAAAGCAUUUGAUAUAAAGUCAGACUUCACUCUAUCAUACAGAACUGUUGAUGAUUAUGGACAAGAAAUUUAUUUGCCUUUGCUGUCUGAUUGGGAUUUGGAUGCUGCUUUUCUCAAGGCUCAUAAUAUAGCUUUAACUCAGAGAUCAGAACCAUGUGUGCAGCUAAAAGUAGAUAUGAAACCUUUUGCGGAGGCUUCCGAGGACUGGGAGCCCCCCACAACUCCAUCGGCCCCUGUCAACCAAAGCAAGGAGCAGCCCACAGUGUACCAAGCUGCUCAAGCAGAGAAGCAGGAAACACAGAGUGGUUUUCAGGGGCUUAUUAUGAACCAGGUUGAGAAAACAUUUAACAUGUUUUCGAGGGCACUCAAUCUCUAUGAUGAUCCUACCACUCCACCGCGGCCACCGCUCAGUGACAUAGAAUUCAGGGCUUUCUUAGAUGCAGUUGGACAAAUUAAUAACACUUCUAAACUGAGGGAGGUUAUAUACUGUGGUGGGAUUGAACCUAGUUUACGAAAAGUUGUAUGGAAACACAUUUUAAACGUUUACCCAGAUGGGAUGACAGGCAGAGAGAGAAUGGACUAUAUUAAAAAGAAAGCCAAUGAAUAUUAUGCCUUACGAGCUCAAUGGAAGGACUGCAUACAAAAGGGGAUGGUAAAUGCUGACUUGGCGUACGUGACAAGUAUGGUGCGCAAAGACGUCCUCCGAACCGAUAGACAUCACAACUUCUACGCGGGAAGCGACGACAACCAAAACAUAGCAUCACUCUUCAAUAUUCUCACCACGUAUGCCUUGUACCAUCCAACAGUGAGCUACUGCCAAGGUAUGUCAGAUUUAGCGUCUCCUUUACUCGUGACGAUGGGCGAUGAAGCUCAUGCGUAUAUUUGUCUGUGUGCGCUCAUGAGUAGACUGUAUCCCAACUUCCUGUUGGAUGGGGAAGCUAUGACGGUGAAAUUCACACAUUUGACUGAAUCUCUGCAAGUGUACGAUCCAGAUUUCUACAAUUAUUUGAAAUCACAACAAGCCGACGAUUUGUUAUUUUGCUACAGAUGGUUGCUUUUGGAAAUGAAACGCGAAUUCGCCUUUGACGACGCCCUCCGAAUGCUAGAAGUUCUCUGGGCUUCGCUACCACAAAAAACUCCCACGAUGGAAUUAUCUUUAAAGGAGAAGGACUUCGAUUCCGCAGUCGAAGUGGAGGUUGAUCCGCCUCCGCUGAGCCCCUUGAUAAAGGCACCGCGAGAAAACGCGUACACCAAAGUAUGUGCAAUGCGCCGUCAAAGUUCGAGUUUUAGUUUAGCAAACGUAAAAGCACCUAAACUUGUCACUACGAAAAAAACAAAUCACAGUUUAGACGAAAAUGCGGCGCGCAAAAUUUUAAAUAGUUCUUCUUUAAAACACACUAAGGAAUUCCAAAGUUUGGAUGACGCUGUUUUACAAACAAAAAAACUGUCGAACGAAAACGUCACCGACAAGAGUGCAGACUCGACGACGACGUCGCAAGAUCAUACAGUCAAUACCAGGAGAAGCAUGAAGAGUGUACCCGAACACGGCAAAGCCUUGGAUGUCCCCGAGUCGACGGCGACCGCUUGGUCGAGCGCUGGAAACCUGUCCAAUGGAACAGCACAUGCUGAACCCAAAGACACUCCUUUAGGAAACCAGAUAAGAUUGUUGAGAGAUAAGAUAUCUGUACAUAAUAAUAAAUUUUUUUCUUCCCUAGACACUCUAGACGAUGCUACAGAUUCAGAUUCUAAUAAACCGAAAGUUAGAAUGAUUAAAAAUCUGAACGAAUUUCUUAACUUCGCUACUGGAAGUAAAUCUAAUAUGGUUAAACAAGAAAAGCUGCAGCGGACUCAUUCGGCCAUCGAGCGCUCCCGUUCGAAAGAAUGCCCCAAAAUAACUUUAACUAAAACAUCCUACGAAGAAAACGAUUUAUCAUCAACAAAUUUAAAAAAUCAAGGACUCAGCAAAGUUAGCAAAAUGAGUUUCGAAACCAACGACGGCAGCAGUCCAGACGAUUCGCAAGAAUACUAUCCCAUGACGACGUCUAUGACGAGAGAAUUGAGACUGGAAUUAGAACAUUUAGACCGCCAAGUGUUCGGACCCUCGUACGUUAAUCGCUGCAGUAUGAUAUGCGAUUCGCCAUCGGACUCUACGAGCACCGAAGAUAAACCGGCAGCAUUUUGCACAGAAACGAAAGCAGAUUGCGUCGCAACCGAUGCUCUAGAAGUGCAGAAUGAAGUAGCAGAAUCUGUAGAAACGAUAAAAAGGUCGCCGCUCCUCGAAACUAUAAAAUCGAAUGCGAGAAGUGCGGAGGACAUAUACCUGUGGGAAAACCCGUUGCACAGAAACACUCCUACCACUCGAACCACUGCCAGCUGCCCUCAAACUCCCGACGAGCAAGCCGAAUUGGAUUUCGAUGGUGAUACGGGAGAAAUUUUCGAGGAACAUUCGGGUAAAAAAUCUAUAACGCCUAUUAGGUUAUUGAGAAAAAAUCACUCUUUGGAACCCCAAGAAUCGUUAAAAAAUAUAAGGCAUUCCAACACACAUUCCAGCGAAUCGGAUUCCUCCGAGAAAGACCCAGUAGAAUCGAUCGACACGCCUACACUAAAACACAGUCAGCAAGAACUCAAUUCAAAAUCCCAUAAAUUUUUCUCAAACAUGUCGCAUGAAUUAGAGAACGCGAAGAAGAAUUGUGAAUCUCUUCUAAAUGUAAAACAGUCUAAUUUGCAGAGCGUGGCAUCGACGAUUAACAACUUUCAGAAGAAAUACGAGGUGUUUAAACCUCCCGUGCAAAAGAGUGCGGGCAUUCCGUCGGUAGGUACCGAGAGUCCGGUUAAAAAUUGCAUCAGCAGUCUUCCUUCGCCGACAGUGUUCGGUGGUGGGAAUCCAUUUUUGAUGUAUUUAUGCCUGACAGUAUUGCUGCAGCACAGAGAUUACAUAAUGAGAAAUCGCAUGGACUACAACGAAUUGGCGAUGCAUUUUGACAAAAUGGUACGUAAACAUAACGUAAACAGGGUAUUGAAUCAAGCGCGGCAAAUGUACGCUCUUUAUUUAAAGCAACAAGCACACAAGACUGGUGAUGUUACUACUUGAAGUUUUUUUUUUCUUUAGUGACAGUAAAGAUCUCCAAUAAAUUCUUUUUAUUGCUCACAAUUUAUUAAAUAUAAGUUUAUCUAUAGGUUAAAUUACAGCGUCGAAUAAAUUGUAUUUAGAAGAAUCCAGUAUCUAUGCAUUUCAAAGAAAAAAUGUCGAUGAAAUUAUAUGGUAUGUGAUGUCCGUUUAUGUAUUAAGAACAGAGGCCUUAUUUUAAGUCUUUAAUUUUAGUA